AAUUUUUUGUUUUCUUUUAAUCCUCAGGAGUUCUGUGUAUAAAAAACUGGAGGUUAAGCGAAAAUUGGGAGAGCUAUCGAUGGAUACUAGCAGUGCGAGUGGGGCUUCGUCUGAAGCGAGUUCAUCUGCGGAAUUGGGCAGGCAGGCGAAAAUCGCGAAACGCAGUUGGGAGGCGGCGAAUAACAUCGAAGUGGUACCUUCCACGUGGACAGAUGACAUUUUCCACUAUGACCGGAAUGAGCAGCAGCAGAUUCUUGCUGCAAAGCCCUGGGAGAAGGAUCCGCAUUUUUUCAAGGACAUCAGAAUCAGCGCCCUAGCUUUGUUGAAAAUGGUGAUGCACGCAAGGAGUGGAGGAACAUUGGAGGUCAUGGGACUGUUGAUCGGGAAAGUGGAUGGCAACUGUAUGAUUGUCAUGGACUCGUUUGCUCUGCCUGUGGAGGGCACAGAGACGAGAGUGAAUGCUCAGUCGCAGGCCUAUGAGUAUAUGACUGCUUACAUGGAUGCUGCCAAACAGGUUGGCAGACUGGAGAAUGCGAUUGGGUGGUAUCACAGCCACCCAGGGUACGGGUGCUGGCUGUCUGGUAUUGACGUGUCCACUCAAAUGCUGAACCAGAACUACCAAGAGCCAUUUGUGGCUAUCGUCAUUGAUCCCACCAGAACCAUUUCAGCUGGGAAAGUGAACCUUGGGGCAUUUCGAACCUACCCCAAGGGCUACAAACCCUCAGAUGAUGGUCCACCCGAGUACCAAACGAUUCCUCUGCACAAAAUUGAAGACUUUGGGGUUCAUUGUAGGCAAUAUUAUGCACUGGAUGUGACAUACUUCAAAUCUUCUCUGGAUGGAAAACUCCUGGACUCACUGUGGAACAAAUACUGGCUCAACACCUUGUCGUCUUCUCCUUUGCUGACUAAUGCCGAGUACACGAAUGGCCAGUUGGCAGACUUGGCAGAUAAGCUGGAGCAAGCGGAGAAUCAAGUGGGUCGCUAUUUGGUACCCUACGAAAACUCUGACACCAGAAGCAAAACUGAGAAUAAACUCGAAAAGGUGUCGAGGGAUUCCAGCAAGACUGCUAUUGAGUCUCUGCAGGGUCUCAUGUCUCAGGUGAUCAAAGACCGGCUUUUCAAUCAAAUUGGAAAUCGCGGAAACGGGCCACAAUUGACUCUUCCUGUAGAGAGUCAACCUUUGGCAGCGACCAGUGACGACGAUGGGGGUCUGAAUACAGCUCUGGAGGCUGUGUUUGGGUUACUUGGUGGCACUAAAGAAGUCUUGAGCCAGGUUCAGUCCUUGGAGAAGCCGAGGAUUGAAGAAUCUAUGGGAGUUAUGGAAUUCGCGGAUAUCAUUCGUGUUCCGAAAGUGGACAAAGUGGUAUUGCAUCGCGCAUUUCAUGCUUCGGUUGAUGGAACUUUAUGCAUUACUGGUCACCAUUUGAUACUUUCUUCCCGGAGGGAAAGUCAGGAGGAACUUUGGAUUUUACACAAAGCUGUGGACACGAUUGAGAAGCGGUCCUCGGUGCAAACCAACACUGGUGUUCUUACCUUGAAAUGCAAAGACUUUCGCGUGAUUUCCUUGGAGAUUGUGGGUCUCGAUGAUUUCAACGCGGUUGCUUCUUCGCUGGAAAAGCUGUCUAAUGUUGCCGAUGUUACCUUUAUGUACCCAUUUUUCUAUCGGCCAAUGUAUUCCAUUUUGGAGGAUGGUUGGGGAGCAUUUCCUUUGGAAACAGAGUAUGCGAAACUGGUUGGAUCUAGAAGUGAUGACUGGAGGAUUUCUCAUGUCAACAAGGAUUUUGAGGUGUGCUUGUCAUAUCCUCCACUGCUGAUUGUACCAAAGAGUGUGGAUGACCAGAAUUUGGCAUCAUCUGCUGGUUUCCGUCUUGGAGGACGUUUUCCCACCCUUAGUUUCUGUCAUCAAGGAACUGGGGCUGUGAUGCUCAGGAGCAGUAGACCUUUGUGUGGCCAAGGACAAACUGUGAAGCGUUGCAAAGCUGAUGAAUCCUUGCUGAAUGCAGUGCUUACUGCUGGCAGCCGGGGUUAUGUGAUUGAUACCAAGCUGCAGAAUUUGGCACAAGCUGCGAAGUCCCGUGGGACAGGGUAUGAGCAAGAAACGUAUUACCCCCAAUGGAAACGGGUGCAUAAACCCCUGGAAAACCCUGCGGGUGUCAUGGAGUCCCUGGCCAAGUUGAUGGACGCAUGCAAUGACACGGGAGCCAGUAUGGACAAGUGGUUGUCCAAGUUGGACGCUUCUGAUUGGAUGGGGAAUGUCAAAGAGCUAUUGACUGUUGCGUGUCUCACUGCUCAAUGCAUGGACCAGGAAAAAGCUUCAGUGCUGGUACAUGGAGGAGAUGGGCUUGAUGCAACUUUGCAGAUUACGUCAUUGGUGCAGAUAAUCCUGGAUCCUGAUUGCAGGACAGUUAGAGGAUUUGAAGCGUUGGUUGAGAGAGAAUGGGUUCAAGCAGGGCAUCCGUUUGCAACCCGAAACUUUCGGGGUUGUUACGCACAAUCUAGAGACUCUCCAACUGGUUCCUUGUCCAUGACCGGUCACGGAGGCAACGUUGCUUCGCCAACUUUCCUGGUGUUUUUGGAUGCCGUGCGUCAAAUUCAUUCCCAAUUUUUGUGCAGUUUCCAGUUCACUGAGGACUUCCUUUCUCUGCUUUUUGAGCAUUCUUAUUUCUCUCAAUUUGGUACAUUCCUGUGUGACUCGGAGUUGGACAGAAGACAUUUCAAGUUGCAUAAGAAGACAGUCAGUCUGUGGUCUCACGUGAACAGACCUGAAGUAUUGCAGAAUUACCUGAACCCGCUUUAUGAGCCGAAUAACAAAGUUUUAUGGCCGUCUGUGGCGCCCAUGAGCCUAAGUCUUUGGCCAUCAGUUUACCUCAGAUGGAUCAGCGGCACUGUUCCCGACAAGACCCGUUGGAGAGCCAUGGCGGAAUUGAAGCACAAGGAAUGUGAACUCAGAUCAAAAGCUGCUCGUUUGCGAAAGCAACUGCAAGAACUGGAGCGUGGCAUUUGUUUGUCUAUUGAUAAUGAAAAUGCGCAUGUUAUCGAAAUUUUUGCCUCUGUCAGCACAUUGUGGGGCAGCAGUGUUGAAACUGUGACUUGUUCCAGACAUUAUGCUGCAGUGAGUGGGAAGCCGGUGAAUGAAGAUGGGUGUGAUGAGCUUGAGUCUGUGCCAGUGUCGCCAAUUUUGUUGCCUUACACGAGCCUGACGUUGGAUGAAGCGCGAAGAGGUGUGACUGGGAUUAACAAGAGGGAUUCUGAUUUUUUGAGGGUGAGAGAUCCGUGCAAAAGGUCUGUGGACGUACCAGCAGCGAAAGAUGUUGUGCCAGAAGGAAAGAAAGAUCCUGGACCAGAAAAGAAAGAUCCUGGACCAGAAAAGCCGAUUCCACAGACAGAAGAAACACUUUAUGCUGCUGCCAAGAAUUCAUCAGAGUCCGCCAUUAAUCCUGACAUCAAAAUUGAAUCCGAAACAUCUCUCAGUGCCGCUGGGAAGAAUGAAUCCGAAGCAGUUCCAGAGAUCAAACCUUCCCAAUCCAAGAAUGGCGAAAAGCAACAAAGAUCACCUGUGGCGUCUGUCAUCCCCAAGAGUACCAGAGAAGAUUACGAUGAACUUUAUCAGCCACCGUAUGCUAGACCAGAUUUCAGACCAAUGAGUUAUCCCGGGGUACCAAUGAACCCAUACAGGGAAACCCAAAAACCCCCUUUGCCUGUGCGAAAAACUGGUGUGAAUUAUGGCAAGUGUAAAGAGGGACAUUUCAACUGUAUCACAGAUGCUCAUUUGAAGUGUGGAUCAUAUGGCAACACUGUGCAUCUCCAGUUUGCCAGAGAGUUCAAAGGAAAGGUGUACAUUGCAGAUAGGUAUGACUGCAUGUUGUACUCUGCCACAGCUCAGCCUUACAUGUCAAGGGACAUACAAUUUACCCUGCAUGAAAGAACUUGUCCAGGGUACACAAAGGGUUACCAGAUGCGGGACAUGAAGAUUAUGGUCCAGUUUGACCCUACUUUUGUGUCCAAGGCUGAUGUCAGCUUCCUGGUGAAGUGUUACCAGGGGUCCAAGCAGGACAUCAAGUUUGAAUACACUGUUGAGGAGCCUGGUACCAUCUUACUUGCAGGAGAGACACAGCAAGCCUACUUCACUGUCAAGAUCACCAAGGGAGAGCACCCAGACUCACCGGGUUUAAUGGGCAAGGUGUACCUCGGAGAGAUCCUUCAUUUGCACGUGGGUGUGGAGAAGAAAUACGCCAAAUUGGCUGUUGAUGUCGCUGUUUGCUGGGCUGUCGAAGCACCUCCUAGGGCCAAGCAUUUGCAGUAUAAUUACAACAAACAGAGGUACUCUGAGACGAAAGUUCAGAUGGUGGAUCACGACUGCUCGAAUAAACCAGAGUUUUUGGGCAAUUUCCAAACGUAUGUCCAGAAUUACGGAAGAAGGGCCAUGAUUUACAAGACAGCCAAAAUGAAGGCAUUUCGUUUUCCGACCUCAGACACGACGGUUCUCAAGUGCAGGGUCAACUUGUGCUAUGGGAAAUGUCCCGGCGAAAGAAAAUGCAAGCCGGUUUAUUUGAAUGCGGACACGGCUCAAGCCUUGGCUGUGAAGCCAGCGCGGAAUUUAUUGGGCCAAAGGUACCCCAGGCAGGUUGUUUGGGAUGAUUUCGCCUUGGAAAGUGCGACUGUGGAGUAUCCGAAUGGCACCACUGUACCGACUGAAGUGCAUCACAUUUCAUUCGACCUGGGACGAUAUUUGAAUAAGAUGCCAGGAGCCUUUGUUUUGGCUGCACAUGGAGAUGAAGAUGUGGCUGCUGCUGAGAAUACUGAGAAUGUGGAAUCUUCUGAAGUAGAGAAAAGAGCUGCUUAUGGAGCACCUGCUCCUCCAUCUUACAGUGCUCCUGGUUAUGCUCCUCCUCAGUAUGCUCCCCCAGCAUACAACCCGCCUUCCUAUGAUGGUUAUGAAGCUGAAGAGGUGUAUCCUGCUCCUAGCUACGCCCCUCCAGCUUAUGCUCCACAAGCUUAUGGUCCUGCUCCAAGUUAUGCUCCACCAGCUUAUGGUCCUGCACCAAGCUAUGCGCCACCUGCUUAUGGUCCUGCUCCACCAGCUUAUGGUCCUGCUCCAUCAGCUUACGGUCCUGCUCCACCAGCUUAUGAGUACGUGCCUGAAAGGAACUGCAACAAAAACCAUGUCAACUGCCUUGUGGAUGUCAGAUUGCAGUGUUAUGGAGAUGAGAUACAAGUGGAAAUGGAAUUCAAGCACUACUUCACAGGAGUCAUUUAUUUGUGGAACAAGUAUGACGAGUGCAUGUUGUACACUGCUGCCAGCUACGGAAAUGCAGGUGGCUACGGAAACUAUGGCGGAGGCCAAAAGGUGGUCAAGUUCACAUUGUCUCCCAGAACCUGCCCUGGGUACUCGAAUGGCGAAUACAGCAAGGGCACCUACAAGGUCAUGACCCAGUACGACCCCAUGUUGGUGUCCCACGAGGAUGUCAACUUUGAAGCCAAAUGCGAGCAGUACAAUGAACCACCCAGGGUCCUCAAAGUGCAGUACACCACGUUGGACGCCAAGCCUAUUCACCUCACCGUGAGCUCUUAUAAGGGCAAGAUAAGGAAUGCCAAGUUUGAGGUGCAUAUUCGCAAGGGCUGGUCUGUGACUGACCCCGUGCUGUAUGAGCCUGUGAAGAUGGGAGAGAAGUUGACCAUUCAUAUUGUCAUGAAGGCUUAUGCUCCGAAUCUGAGUACGCAAGUGUCUGGAUGCUGGGCUGUUGAAGGACCAACAACUUAUGACAAGAGUUAUAAUGCUGGUGGUGGUGGAGAUGGUUACAAGAGCCAGUACCCAGCAGCUACUGGAUAUGGUGCCAAAAAGAGCUACAGGCAAAGUGAAGUGUAUCUCAUCAAGGAUGGUUGCUCACUGAAACCCAAGGUCAUUGGCAACUUUGUGGAGACAAUCUCUUCUUACAGCUAUGGUCUGACCUCUUCCUCUGUUGCAUACCUGAAAGCUUUCAGGUUCCCCAGAUCCAACACUGUGAUGAUCAGGUCCUAUGCUCCACCAGCUUAUGGUCCACCAGCCUAUGGUCCACCAGCCUAUGGUCCACCAGCAUAUGCUCCACCUGAAUAUGAGCCUCCAGCAUAUGAGGCACCAUCUUAUGCCCCACCAGCAUAUGGUCCCCCAGCCCCUGAGGCUUCAUAUGGUCCACCCCAGAGAAAGUACAAGAGAGAUCUGGCAAGAGUUCUUGACUCUUUUGUAUUUGAGCAUGCGUACAGUCUCAAUGAUGCUGUUGGAGAAGAGGAAGUUGAAUCUGUGAGGAUGAGGAGAGAUGCUCAAACCCCCACCAUCACACUGGGAGACACCAUGGCAUGGGCUGAGUGCCAGGACUCCUCUGCCAUUUUCUCUGUGAGCAAUCAACUUGGCUUCAAUGGCACCAUUUCUCUGGCAUCUUGGAGCUCCAGAGAUGAGCACUGUCAUGUGGAAGAAGAAGUGGUUGAACGGAGUAUGGCAUCAGUGAGCUUGGUCAAGUCUGACGAAACUUGUGACCCUUAUGAGAAAUAUCUGUUUGUGGCCAAAGUAUCUGAUGGUGGUGAAACCAAGGAUGCUGUCCUAGAUUGUCAUGAGGAUAUUAUGGUCAUCAAGAAAGAGCCUGGAACCUCACAGGAAGAAAUACCUGAUAUGUACAACAUUGUUGAUGUGUGACCAACAUGAUCCUUUGAAAUGAAGCAUUGCUUUGCAAAUUACAGCAGAA